UGUGGGGUCUGGCAGACAGGUUCUCCAAAUAAUAAGAUUAGCAAGAAAAAAAGAAAGAUCUAAACAGAUUUUGGCAUGAUAAAGAUUAUGGAAGGAAGACGGUACUUAGAGUUUAAAUGAUUAGAGACAAACUGCAGCUUAAUUAAAUUAUUUCAUGAAGCAUCUCUUUGGAAGCAGGAAAUGCCUCUGUACCUCAAAGUAGCUGGACAUUUUGGAUGCGAAUGUGUAAAGUAACUGAUGGAGGCCCGUAAAUCUGAUAAUUACAGGGAUUUUUUUGUUGCACUCGAACGCGUCUAAGCAAAUCGCAGCAUUCGCAGCGAGCAGGUGACUAUUUUGUGUAAAUUGAUACGUAAAGGUUCAGAAAGGUAACAAAAAAAAUCUAGAAUUUGAGCAGGGCUAGUUGGCAAACUGAAAAGCGUGAAUGGAGGUCACCGCAGACAGUGAGUGAGUCUCGGCGGAGACACAGAAAGGGGGAGAGGGAGGACGGACAAGCGGCCAGCCGCCUUCAAAAAUGGCGUCUCCGGAGGAAAAUGAGUAAAAAAUAUUAAAACGCGGCCUGCUUUCUUUACACUUCCUCGUUUGGGCUUUAAGGUUUUUCGUGUUCUGGUGGAUUUUUUUUUCUCUCGUGAGCAACCUCGUCGUCGCUUUUACUUGUAUGUACCAAAAGAGAAAUAUGGGGAGCGAGCAUUUGGGGAAAUAAAAGCAGCCCCGUUUUAUUUUGAUGCGUCGUUACUGACAGCUAGCAUCUGCUGCUAGCUCAACAGCUCUGCUCCGAAAGGGGGGUGGGAACGAUUUUGCAUGCAAGGGAGGAAAAAAAGGGGGAAGAGGUUUUCAAAUUGUGGAUUUCUUUGCUCGUCUACUGGGGCUGAUUGCUACCAACGUGGCUUGUCGAUUGCAAUCUUUUCUCGUGCUAGCAGCCUAGCCAAAACUAGCCGAAAGAAAAGGGGAGGAGAGACGGUGGAAAAAGGACGCAUUCAAGUCAAAUGUUUAUCAGCAUUUCGCCCAUCACCGGCCAAAUCCGCGGCAUCUUCAUCAUGACCGUGACUGGUUUCAGACUAAAUCUGCAUUCGUGGAAAUGAUAAAUGUGAAAGGCGUAGGAAUAGGAGAAAGACUGGCUUUUUUGGAGGUGGUUGGAUUAUAACCCCGUAGACCCCCCUCUUUUUUCAUCCAGCUUUCUCCUCCUCCCCUCCAUUUCUCUUUCAAUAUGCUGUUUUCCACUCCUGAGGACUUGCUUAUGAAACCGGGGAAAAUAGUCUGAAAACGAGAACGUGAGAGACUGGAUUUUUUUUUCCGUAACCUGCCCUGCGACGUUCUCGUUGCUUUCAUCCUCAUCGCACACACUGUACACCACAUAAAUGGAUAGAAAUUACCCGGGAACAGGAUUCGGUGAUUUGGGCGCAGGAGCAGGAUGGAGUUACGAGAGAACGGCAAAAGCAAGUCUUGUAUAUGGGAGUUCCAGAUCAUCCCACCCAGAGUCUGAGCUCCUUCACCGGCAAGCUUACGCCACCCCACACCCUCUGCAGGGCUAUGCCACCAAUCACCACCCAGGGAGCUCUGGCCAAGGCGGAGCUUGGGGAGCAGCUGGACGGAGUUUGGGUUUGUCUGGGCUGUUUGAUACUGGCCUCCACCACGCCAGCCCCUCUGCUCCCGAUGCCUCCGUCAUGAAUCUGAUCUCAGCCCUGGAGUCCCGGGGUCCCCAGCCUCCGCCCUCUGCCUCCUCCCUACUAUCCCAGUUCCGCACGCCAUCCUGGCAAACAGCGAUGCACACGCCUGCUCCUCCUGAACUAUUCAUCUCGGGAGCCCUUCCUGGCUCUGGCUCUUUUCCCUCCUCCUCAGCUCUAUCAGCCUAUCAGCAUCCGGCUUCCUUCUCCAGCCGUUCAUUCCCUGGUGCCUCCCUUUCCCUCCAGGACACACCCACUUUCAGUCCAACAUCCAAUGGUCUGCUCUCCCCACAUGACCCCCUAAUACACAUAAAAGCCCCAUCUCAGUCAAGUCUGGGAUUUGAUAGACUCCUGUCCUCACAGGGUGCUGCUGCAGCUGCUUACAGGGGCAGUCAGGAUCCCACAGGUGCCACAUCAGCCCAAGCGUCCUCUGCCAGGCACCUGCAGUCACACCAGUUCAACUUGCUGUCAUCACAGCUACAGGAUCAGUCCUCCCAGCUGUAUAAUCCGUCAGUCUUUCCCUCAGCCCAGCCCCAGCCUCAGUCUCAGUCCCAGUCUAACUCUGCUCAGGAGAGGGCCGUGCCUCGGCAGGACAGCGUUAUCAAACACUACCAGCGCCCCACGCCAGCUCAAUCUCAGCUCUCGUCCUCUGCUGCCCACUCUCUUCAGCACUACCUCGGCUGUUCAGGGCCUGGGUACCAGCAGAUCGCCACCCAUCACAGGCAUGCUGGACUUUCUUGCAGUCCGUUGGGAGACCAGAGCCCCUCAUCUGACCACAAGCCCACCUCCCGCACUGAGCAGUAUCGGUCAAUUAAUCAGCCUCCCUAUUCCUCCUCUUCCUCCUCCUCCUCUUCCUCCUCAGCUGGGAAAGGUACCAAAAGCAGCUCGAGCAGUGGCUAUUCUUCUGGCAGUUCUGCAUCAUCUUCCAGAACUCCUCACACUCCCCCUUCGGCUUCAUCCACCUCCUCUUCCUCCUCUUCCUCUUCUGCCACCUCUGGGGCUCAUCCUUCCAACUCGAUUCCCACCUCCACUUCCAGUGCAGCCCCUUCCAGGCAACAGCCACCCCCUCAGCCAGCUCCGCCUCCUCCAGCCCCUCAGCAGCAGCCUCCUGCCACCUCUACAUCAGCUCCCCAAUCUCUUCCAAAAUCCUGCCUCUCAGGCUAUGGCUCUCCUGUCCCCCCAGUGAAGACCCCCACAUCUGCUCUAACUGGUCAGACCCCACCGCAGCAACAAACACAGUCAUAUUCCCCUAAUCAACCCCCCACAUCUCACCUGGCUCAGUCCUACGGAGGCUUUAGUUCACCACAAGCUCAAGACUUGAGCUCAGGUACUGGAGGGAAAGGCUAUGGGAGUCUGGGAGGACGAAGCCAGUCUUAUUCCACUGAUCUAUAUGGAACUGACUCUGCUUAUGGAUCACUUCCAUCCUCUCUGGGUGGAGCUGGAAGCCCAUCGCUAGGCUAUGGAGCCCCAGGCCACUCACCUGCCCUUCUAAGGUCAAGUGGUUCGUCAGGCAGUGGAGCAUCUGGGGGAGGAAGCAGCAGUGGCACAGGAAGUGGAAACUCUGGUUCAGGGGGAGGAGCAGGAAAUGGUCUCACCAAUGAGAGAGGUGGAGGAGGUAGUGGAGGUGCGUCUUACCAUAUCCCAGACUCCAGUCCCUCUCCAUCAGGCAACUCUGGCAUCAUCCGUCCAGGGUUGCACUCUCCAGUACCCAACUGCCCUACUCAAUCUCCAGGAGGACCAGGCUCAAAUAAAUACAUUUCCUCAGUUCUCUCCCCGACUUUCUUAGCCUCCCCACAAGGCUUCCCUGACACCAGAGGUCCCAGCUCCCAACCUCAGUCGUAUCACUCCACCUCCUCCAAGACGAAGGCGGACACUUCUAUGCUAGGCGUGGGUUCUCAGAGAUCUCAAGAGGAAGUAGAUGACGAUGAUGAGUUCUUGAUCCAACAUCUGUUGCAAGCCCAAGCGAGCCCUGCUCCUCAGGCUGCUCAUCACCAUCCUCAACAACAGCCCCAGCAGACAUCUCAACAAACACAGCCUCAGCCCCAGUCAGUGCCCCCAACCACUGAUUCAGGCAAAGGGAUGAGCUAUGACAUGAGUAAGACUCCUGAGGAGAGGUACCACCCGCAAAGUGUCAUACGUACCCACAGUGCCACAACCACUGCUGGAGUAGGUAAUGCAGGUUCUGGAGGGUCCAUCUCAGGGCUGGAUAGCCAGCUGGAGAUGUCACUGAAGAAACAACAGCAGCAACAUCAACAACACCACCAUCAACAGCAGCAGCAGCAAAGGAACGAGCGCUCCGUGGGAAGCAGCAGGAGCAGCGGUGGGAGAGGCAGUGCUGAACAAGUACACUCCCACCUCCAUCACCAUGAUAACUUGGGCUCCGUAGUCCACUAUGGCCGGGGCGACCCAUACACUCAGCACUCCCUCGCUCCCCAGCACUCCUCACACACUCAACAUGUGUCCUCACACUCGCAGAUACCACCACACACCCAAAUGGAGCUCCAGAAGAAGCCUCAGGAGCGUGCAGAAAUCCCUUAUCCACGGAAAACACCUGAAAUCCAACAGCAGCAUUCCCAGUCUCAAGCUGCUGCGUCCCUGAUGGACUCUCCCACCGAUCAGUCCCGUCAGCCGCCACAUCUGCUCCAGUCGGUGCUGUCUCACACUACCCGCAACAAGAUGGAGCCCCAUCCACAGCACCACAAGAUGGACUCUCAUCGGCAACACCAACAGCAUCACAAAAUGGACUCCCACCCACAGCAUCAGCAGCACCCCAAAAUGGACUCCCAUCCUCAGCACCAACAGCACCAGAAGAUGGACUCCCACCAACAUCAGCAGCACCACAAAAUUGACUCUCAUUCACAGCAUCAGCAGCACCAUAAAAUGGACUCUCUCCCCCAGCAGCAGCAGCACUCUAUUAGCCAACAACAAGCUGUAAUGGAUAAUACUGGUGGGAGACUUGGCUCGAGUAAACACCAGCCUCAGUCUCAGUCCCAAGCCACCCAGCUCCAGCUUCAGCUGCAGUCCCAAGCUUUGGAGGUAGCAGCGGCUCACUACAACCACGGGCCCCCUCCACAUCAGCACGAGCAGAGCCAGGUCAAACAAAGUUCUGUGGUCUCUUCCCUGGACAUGCUGGAGCGCUCCCUCUCCCAAACCUCCAGCACAGACGUCGCAGUUGCAGAAGACAGACGUGGCGGACCGGGCAGCGCAGGAAGGAGCGGAGCGAGUGGCGAGCGCCACCGACAACAGCAGCAAGAGCAGCAGAGGCAGCAUGCGCCCCACCAUCAGCCUCCCCAAACCCACCACUCGCAGCAGCAUUCAGCCUCUGAACUCCACUCCUUCCUUACGGAGCCUGACAUCGGCUUAUCCACCCCGUCUCACAUGCAUCACCUUUCCCAGCACCACGCGCAGCAGCAGCAUCCGUCCUCGCAACACCAACAAACCCACUCUCACCACCCACAUACACAGCCCCACCCUCAGCAGCAGCCUCCUCACCCUCAUCAUAUACCCCCACCUUCUGCUUCGGCCCUCUCGCAGCCACAGCCUGACCCACAGCAGCCGCUCUCAGCCCAGCUCACCCCUCAGCAGAGCCAGCUGGACCAGCAGCGCUCAGAACAGCACCAGUUUGACACGGUCAGCCCCGUGGAGAAAGCAGACCAGAAUCAGCAAAGUAACCGCUUUGUACCCUUAACGUCUAUCUGCUUCCCAGACUCCCUGCUUCAGGAUGAAGACCGCUCCUUUUUUCCAGGAAUGGAGGACAUGUUUUGCGCAGAGGACUACAAGUCUAGCUGUGCUGGUGGUGCAGGACCAGGGCAGGAAGAGAUGAAUGAAAGCCACACCGGGCAAGAAGGAAUGGAUGCACUGAAAGCGGGACAGAGUGCAGGUGGAGCAGGGGGAAGCAGUGGCCCAAGUUAUGACAUAAUGGGUCAUCAUGGUGGAGACCAGGGUUAUGAACCUUACUGUCAUGGCUUGGAUGAACCUACCAACAACACCAUGACCCUGGAUCUAGACUCCCUUAAAACACAUGAGCUGCCUUCAACUGUCAACACUGAGCAGCUAGGUUUGAUACAGUCACAGGCCCCAGCGAUGGGUAUGACCUCCAAUACAGCUGGUCCCAACAAUUCUGGAGCUAAAAUGUCCUCAGGGCCUGGAGGAACUAACGCGGGACCUGGUUCUGGAGGUCUCCAGUCUCCCAUUUUUUGCUCAUCUCGUCCCAAGAAGCUCCUUAAGUCUAGCUCUUUCCACCUGUUAAAGGAGCGCAGGGACCCCAACACACUGCCUAAGAAAAGUUAUGCUCAAGAGUACGAGUUUGAAGACGAUGAGGAUAAAGCCGACCAGCCAGCUGACAUCCGACUGAAUAGCCGGAGACUCCCGGACUUGUUGCCGGAUUUGGUGUCCAGCUGCAGAAAGGGAGGAGGAGGAAGUGGCUCUCUCAGCCCUUUAAUGGGUGACAUUGAUUUCUACCACUCCUCUGGCUACUCGACUAUGGGUUCACACACACUUCUGCCUCCAGAAGGACCCAAGAAGAGAGGCCGAAAGCCCACUAGGCCCAAAAGAGAGGGUCCUCCAAGGCCAAGAGGGAGACCCCGUAUCCGUCCUAUGCCUGAGCCGUACACUCCAAGAGGGAUGAUGGGGGAGAUGGGCGGAAUGACAGUAGGAGGGGGAUUCAGCGUAGAGGGGCGAGGGAGAGGUAGGGGCCGUGGAAGCCGAGGCAGGGGAGGAAGAAGGGAGGAUAUGUAUAUAGAAAUGAGCGGGAAGGAGCCGGAUCAGAUGCACCACCAUCACCUCCAUCAGCAGCAGCAGCAGCCGCCACAGCAGCUCCAUCACCAGCCACAGCAGCAGCAUGAGCCAAUUCCACCUCUCAAGAUCAAGUUACCCAUUGGUACUCUGUCCUCCUCUGAUGCUUUGCUGAGGACAGAUUCUUUGUCUGGCACGGACCCUGCUUUGUCAGACGGCUCAGUUGGCUCUGCUCCCUCACUUGGUUUAAGUCCCGGACCUCCCUGCAGCACUGAAAGCACCAGAAGUCAGGACAAGAUCAAACAGAAAAGCCAGAUGAUGGGUGAAGGAGUGGAUGAUGAGGGGCUGGAGGAAAGGGGGGAUGAGAAGGACUCUGAGUCCAAGGCUGGUUUUGUUGCUUCAUUUCUGGAUUUCCUGAAAACGGGAAAGAGACAUCCAGGCUUGGACAUUUCACCGGGAAUGGAACCUGACAAUGGUGAAACUUCACCCUGUAAAUCAGGAGGACUACGCUCACUGUCUCCUGCACCACCUCCACCACCACCACCGCCCCCAUUCGGGGAUGGUGAAGGUAAUGGAGGUCUGGCUUUGGGCAACUGCCCCAGCCCAAAGCGUUUAGAAGAUGAGCUAAAGAGGAAUCUGGAGACUUUGCCCUCUUUCUCCUCCGAUGAGGAGGACUCAGUGGGAAAGAACCAGGACCUCCAGAAGAGCAUCUCCUCAGCAAUUUCUGCUUUGUAUGACACUCCUCAGCUGACAUCAAACAUCCAGCCCCCGCUACCGCCUCCCCAGUCUCAAAAUCAACCAAGUCAAGGCCCUCUUACACCCGCAAUGCAGCCCCCGACGCUUAGCCCACAGCCUGCCAUGCACACCCCCCACACCCAGCCCCAAUCCAACGAACCAGAUGUCCUUCAGCCAGAAGAUGUAGACAUGAAUGAGAAUAAGGAGGAAGAAGAGGAGGAGGAAGAGAAUGAAGAGGAGAGAAGCACCGGUGGCGAUGAAGAGAGUGAUAUGACGGAGGAACCACAGCUGGAGACCCUGGGUGCACCAAAGCUUGAUGCUCCUCUCCCUGAGAUUCCUCCAGAACCCACAACUCCUGAACCUCCCUCUGUUCCUCCAUCUCCUGCUUCAUCCUCGUCUCCUUCUCACUCUCCCCUCCCUCCUCUCUCGCUCCCCUCACCCCUGCCUCCAGCAGAAGAACAACAAGAGCAGGAGGACUCCCAGCCUCCGAGCCCUGUCGCCCCCACACCUCCUUCCCCCCCACCUGCACCUCCCAUACUGGCUACUAUCCCACAGCCUGCCACCCCUCCUCCUCCCCCUCCUCCUGCUUCAGCCCCUACUCCAGCUCCAGUCUCCCCUCCUCCUUCUGUAGCUCAGAAGGAGUCUCCCAUGCCAUCUCCCGAGUCCCCCGCCUCUCCAGAAGAGCCCCCAGCUCCUAAGAUCACCUCGCUGCAUCUUGCCCAAAAGCAAGAAGAUGCUGCCAUUGUUGGAGAGAGCGAGGAGGAUGAGAGUGAGAGUGGAGGGGAGGGCAUCUUUAGAGAAAGGGAUGAGUUUGUGGUGCGUGUGGAGGACAUUCGAACACUCAAGCUGGCCUUGCAGACUGGCCGUGAGCCUCCACCCAUCUGGAGGGUGCAGAAAGCCUUGCUGCAGAAGUUCAGCCCAGAGAUCAAAGAUGGGCAGAGACAGUUCUGUGCCACAAGCAAUUAUCUUGGAUACUUUGGAGAUGCUAAGAGGCGCUAUCAGCGAAUAUAUGUCAAGUUUCUGGAGAAUGUCAACAAAAAGGACUAUGUCAGAGUGUGCUCCAGGAGACCGUGGCGCAGAGCCACACCUGCUCUCAGACGUCAGUCCCUUCCCAGAAUGGCGUCCCCUCCUGCCACUCAGGUGCCAUCAAGAGUAGUGGAGAAAGAGGAGAGAGUGGCUCCACCAGUCCAGCGUGAACAGAAGGAGAAAACAAGAACGGCGACCACAACAACCACGACGACGACAAAAGAACCACGAGAGAGGAAAGAGCUCUCAGCUGCUGUGCCUAAAGCUGAGGAGAAGGAGAAAAACCGGGACACAGAGAAAGAGAGGGAAAAGGAGAAGCGGGUGCAGCCGCAGCAGGAGAAAGCGGAGAAACGUGCAGCGGAGCGAGGUAGGACGAAGGAAGACAGGAAAGUGGUGGAGAGGAAGGAGAAGGAAAAGGCCGAGCGACCACCCAAGUCCAAGCUAGCCAAGGUGAAGGCAGAGCCGCCGCCCAAGAAGAGGAAGAAGUGGCUGAAGGAAGUACCUUCAUCAUCUGACUCAGACUCAUCGGACGAGGCAGCUAGCGAAAAUGAAAUGCCAGUGAAAGGUGGAGUGAACAACCGUGCCAUGAGGGAGAUGUUCAGGAGUUACGUGGAGAUGCUGGUGAGCACGGCCCUGGACCCUGACAUGAUCCAAGCCCUGGAGGACACAGACGAUGAGCUCUACCUCCCUCCGAUGAGGAAGAUUGACAGCAUCCUUAGCGAACAGAAGAGGAGGUUGUUGAGGAGAGUCAGCAUGAGCUCUCAACACCAGGAGGUCCUGCAUGCUUACCCCCAGAUAAUUGUAGACCCCCUGGAUUCAGGAGUGGUGAGGGUCCGGCUAAGCGGCGAUGCUUACAACCGCAAGACCCUCAACAGAGUCAAGAAGACCCUGCCUAAACCACAGGACCUUAAAUUGUCAGCCGAGUCUUAUCGGAUCUACAGUCUCUACCACUCCCUGCAUCAUUAUAAAUACCACACCUUCUUACAGUGCAAGAAAGAGACCAACACCAUUGAGCAGGCAGCUGAGGACCCGGGCCAAGAGGAAGUGGUGCAGCAGUGCAUGGCCAACCAGAACUGGCUGGACAGCCUCUUCAGCUCCUUCAUCGAGCUGCUCACGCUCAGCACCAAAGCCUGAUUCAGCCACAUAAAGACACAGACAGUGAAUUAAAGUAAGAGUAUUUGAAAACAAAAAAGGAAAGAGAGGAAAGAGAUGGAUCCUACUGUACAGCCCCCUCCCCCUCCCCUCUUCAAAUCUCUAAGGCCCUUGAUGAACACGAGAGGGUCUGUUGACGUGACCUCGGACACUGGCCUGUUUUUUGUUUUUUUUUAAUUUGUUUGUUUUUUGUUUUCUUGUUGUUGAUCAAUGAUUAAAGAAAUGUCUUACUUUGUGAGAAGGGGAUCCCCACUCGUGGUCAUGGGGCACCGAAGGGUCAAGAGGAAACUGAUUGUUUUACGGAAAAAAAAAAGGGAGAGAGGCAAGGUGGAAGGACAAAGAGGAGGAUCGCCAAGUCAAUGUGGGAGCCACUGACAUCCUGUUAACUGUGUGUCAUAAAGACAAUAGCUCAAAGAGAAACUAUUACCGCUUAGUUUUUACAUAAAUUAUUUUUUUGAAAAGACUAACAUCAGCUGUUGGCUUUUAAAAAGAUUAGAGGAGGGCGAGGAUGCUUUUUAAAAACUGCGUGCGCCGCAAGCAGCGUGAUCGGGGACUCACUCGUCGGCAGAUAGAAACCUGAAAUGUGUUAAUAAACGCUCUCUCUCUAUCGCUAUCUCUCAUUCUGUGCUAUGUGAAGGGCAGCACCAGUCAGCUGUGUGAUAAUAUAUAAACACAUUUUUAUUAUUUAUAUGAGGAGGUUUUUAACUUAAGCUCUCACAAGUGCUGGUUUGCUGCCCUUAAAUGCUUUUUUUGUUUUUUGGUUUUUUUUAUUAAGAGUUGUUUUCCACAGGUUCAGUAUACAAUCAUAACCCACAUAUCCAAGUCGUCUUCCCCUCUAUCCAAAAAAGACCAGACGUUGAGACAGACAUGUAUCAAAUACAGUGGGUGUAAAAUAACAGCAAAAGGAAGAAAAAAAAAAAAAAAAAGGACGGGGAAAAUAAGGAGACUCUAUUUGACUCUUUACAUUGUUGUGCUUCAGUUCAAUCAUCAUUCAUGCAGGUGCAAAGAAAAAGAAGUAAACUGUCCAUCUCCCACGUGGGAAGGAGGAGUAUAAACGAGGAAUAUUUAAACAUGAGAUAGGCAUUUCAUUUUUAUCAUUUUGAUGUUUGUGCAUACUAUGACUUAUUUUGAAAACAAUCUAAUUUUCCAUAAAAAAAGGAAAACAAAGAUGUGUAAAUACUGUACAGUUCUUGAUGAAAUUCUUUGUCCUUCUGUACAUUAACUCUCCUGUAUUUGAGAAACAAAUAAAAGCUGCAAAGAACAAA